AUGAAAAGAUCCAAUACAAAAGACUAUAGAUACUGCCCUGUAACUGAAUGUAAAUAUUGAUGAAUAAUAAAAAUAAAACACUUUGGGAGGCUAGCGUAUAGACGUGAUAUAUUGAAUUGAUAUAUUCGAGACUUGUGAAAUACCAAUUAGCAAGCCAAUACUUUUGCUAAGAAACAGCACAAGUAUGAAAGCGUACAAGCAAAAGCUGUUAAUGAUAACACAAACAAACAAUUUAUGAAAAGGGGUGUCAAAAGAAAGGAUAUUUAUAAAGAAAAGAAAGAUAAAGCAAAUGCAAAAAGGGCAAGAAGCUCUAUUUCUUCAAGCAAUCAAAACUUAACAUGUAAAUCUUGCAAGAAUAUGGGUCAUUCUUCAGCAAGGACUAAAGAAUGCCCAAACCAUAACUUUACAUUGAAAGAGCUACUAAACAGAAAUCUUGGAUUUAAUUAUCAAAGAUACACUGUUUCUCUACCGCUGAAAUCGUUUGUGUCCGCAGCAAAUCAAAAUGUCUACGUGCAAAAUUUCCCUAUUCAAUAUGUCUCAGAUGCGGUGCUUUCUCAUGAGAUACAACCAGCUAUGGAUGGCAAUAUUGCUUUUUCAUUAAAUGAAAAAGCCCAAGACAACAUCCGUGCCCUCUCAAAACCAUUGAUUUUGGAAAUUAGAAACAGAUUACCUUCGUUUCCGAUGACAAAAAUAAACUCUCAAUAAAGCACAUUUUGGUAUAAUACCAGCAUUAAGGCAUAUUCUGGUUAAAUACAAAGCCUUAAUUGAGGAAAACCCACAAACACAGCCUGGUUUACUAGAACAGACAAAUCCACCAAAUAGAAAAAGACCAAAAAAGAAGAAGGUUAAGAAGAAUAAAAAGACAAGCAAAGACGAUGAAAAGAAGUUCGUUCCACCCAGGCUCUUUAGUUUGUUUCCAAAACCAAGUCU